AUGAUCUCGCCAAUCGUCAGUGCCACUGUCCAGGCGACCGUCAUCGCUGCAGUCUCCAAUCAGCAGACACCCUCGAAUUUCUCAGCAUCAGACUUCCUGCGCUUCCUCAUCUUCACCCUACUCACCGCGCCACCCAACUACCUCUGGCAACAUGCUCUCGAACGCGCCUUUCCAGGCCACAAACCCCUGGUUCCCAAGAAAGCAAUACUGCCGCACUACAGGGUCCGCGAGCAUGAUGGUCUGCUAGGCGAAGACGGCAUACCGCAAGAGGAUGAACCAGAGACGAAAUUGGACUGGAAAAACACAACGAUCAAAUGGUUCGUAGACUGCAUGACGCUGGGAGCAUUGCUCAACGUAGGUGCCUUCAUCAUCCUCAUGGCCAUCAUGAAAGGAAGAUCAAUGCAUGACAUUGCAUCUGCAUUGCGAACGNGUAUGUUUACUCGUCCCUUUCGCCUGCUGUGCAUCAACUGCAUGGCCGCCUUCACUAUUCUGCUGGGACCUGACUACAACCACUUUUCUCCGCAGGAUCUUUUCCCCAUCAUCUAUGCUAGUUACAAGAUUUGGCCCCUGGCCUCGGUCAUCAACUUUGCUUUGGUUCCAGUUGAGAGACGCAUCGUUUUCCUAAGUUUGGUUGGCCUUGUCUGGGGCAUUUUUCUCAGCUUGACAGCUGCGAAACAGUGA